GUCUUCUUUGUCAUAACAGCCUACCCAGGUACUGUAAAAGCCCCAACAUCUACUUGCCAUUUACAAAACUUCUCAAUGGCAUUGUUUGCAAAUAAUACUCACCAAUUCUUUCUUCAUCUAUGGAACUAUGUCAAUUUCGCGAAAAAAGGGUUACGUGGAGCGGUCUCGCUUUGGGCGUCAAGCUGAAUUAGCUCGACUACAUGAAGAUUACCAUGAAGACCUUGGCUUAGUUUUUGGGCUUUCAUCGCAUGCCUACGGGAAUGAGGCGCAUGUUGACUAUGUUGGCGGACUAAAUACUAACAAGAUAUGGGCUGGAAUGACCAAGCUAGUGAAGCCUGAGCGAUGGCGAGUCAAGGCAGGCAGCACGAAGCGAGUUAUAGAAGAGAAUGUCCUGCCCUCACUCAGAGACGCGCUUGUCGAUGCCGCGCCGAUAGGAGAGACUAUUCCGGAAUGCAAGAAGAGUCAGAAAGAACAUCGGGAUUUUGCCGGGAUACUCUCUCAGGUCGAUACGAAGGCCAUCGCCUCCUACGCACUCAAACUCAUGCAAGUCCACCGCAAACGCCAUAUAGGCUACCGCCCGGCCCCAUUGCAGUUACCGCUCGUCCGUGGCCCCCUCUUCGGUUCGGCUCACGUCUUCUACUCAAUCGAGAUCCACGAUGCACAAUACCACGAGACCACCAAGUGGAUCAUCAAGAUCCCGACUAAUGGUACGCCAGACGUUUGGGAUAGGCUUUGUGCCGAAGCGUUGCGCACGGAGGCUCUAAUGAUCUAUAAACUCUCUCAUGAAACGACAAUCCCGGUACCAGAGCUCAUCGACUUCGAAGCCACUCCACACAACAAGCUACAUGUGCCUUACUGUAUCAUGACUUACGUGGAAGGUUGGACGCUAGAUCAAGCCUGGUUUGGGGAAGAUGGUGAUGAUGAGAGCACAGUUAGGGCACGAAGAGCUAGAGUUCUGCAAAACCUAGCGCGGUUAAUGCUACAGCUUGGUAAAUACGAAUUCGAGCGCGGCGGUGCACCUUUGUUCGAUGAUAAUGAAUCACUGGUUGGUGCCGGACCCCUGAGGGAGUUGGACGUACAGGCUAUGGUCAACCGUUGGUUAGGGAACGAGGAAUGCGAAAGGGAGCCAAUUUACGCUGAAAUAGGCCCCUUUAAUGAUGUGGCCGAGAUGUACACGGCGCUUCUCGACAAAUACCCAUGUGAUGGCGAGGCAGACACAGGGGUUGAUAGGCUUCUCCGUCUCCUCAUCAGCUUCAUCCACGAGCCGCCAAGGUCGAGACUUCGCAAAGACAAGGAAAAGGAGGAUGGAGCAAAGACGAUGAGGUUCGUGCUCACACACUUUGACCUGAAGAUGCGCAACAUCGUCGUUUCCAAGGAGGGCGAUGUUAAGGGGAUCUUAGGCUGGGACAGCGUGCGGAUCGUGCCAAAGUCGGCCGGCAACGAGGCUCUACCGAGCUGGCUUGUCAGAGACUUCAACCCAUUCGUGUGGCGAUGGCGGCCGGCGCCAGAAUUCUGGAGAAAGAAGGGAUGCUACGAGGAUGAAGCCGAGAGUAAUCGCUAUGAAGAUGCCCCCUGGACGUUAAGGGAGCUGAGAGAUGAGUACGCGGCUAUCAUGCAGCAGCUAAAAAGGGACAUCGACGGAGAUGUUAAUAUGACUAAACAGUCAUUGGUGACCCUCAGCUUGAGCACGGCAGUUAGAGACCCGCGGUGUAGGACAGCUAUCCUACGAAGGGUCCUAGAGAAAUGCUCACGCACGUCCGAGGAGUUUGACUUCGACCGGAUCAUCGACAUUCUUGGGCGUGGUGGACAUCUAGACGGGUAUAAACUGAAGUGCCUGGAGAGAAACUUCAGGGAGCUAGUCGAUCGUGGAUAUGUCAGAGGUGCCAUGGUUUGGUAAUUACCUUCUUAACUAGAUGACCAAGUAGCUUGAUUCGAUUCUGAUACAUUACCUAUAUUUUUAUAUUUUUAUUCGUUCCGAAAUUGGCGUUUAUUUUUCCUUUCAACGAUGAUCACAUGAAGGUAUCGGUGUAAGAUGGGUAUCUCGGAUAAAGAAAAGGGGCUGGAGACGGCAUCGUUAUAAG